CUAUUAUAGAGACUUAAAGGGACUCACAGGUGUACAGUAAUACGGGAGUCACACAGUGCAGCCGUCCGCAGAGAAGCGAUUAAAUGUUUACUAUUAAGUCAGCGUUUUUGCGCGGUUAGAGUCACAUUGGGAACGUUUUCUUUUUUUCAGACUACAGCCAUGUGAUGGCAUAUGAGUCGAGUGUAAUGUAACAAUCCCCACCGACGCUUGUGCAGUGUUUGACGCUCAGUGACAUGACAUGGACGGCGGAGUGUCUCACUGAGAGCAGAUGAACUGAAGAACGAUGUCGGACCAGGGUUAUGGCUUAACUUUGUCAGCUGCGCCCCCGCUUCGCAGGGGCAGCACCCCUCUGCCAAUCAAGCAUCAGCUGAGGAGAGAGGAAGCGGUGUCUGAAGAUUAUGAUUGGACGCCGGGGUUCGAUGAGCCUGCUACUCCGCAAAUCAGCGUCAGCGCUGUCCAAGAUUCUCCCUCACCGAAACCGCCACAGCAAAAGUACCACGGACCCCUUCGCAUAGUACUACUGGGCCAAAACGGAGUGGGCAAAUCCUCUCUGGCACUUUGUCUUGCUGGACUGUCAGACAGAUCGCUCUCUAUAGACUCUGAAACCCAAGCAACCGACGAGGGUUACCAGCGGCGAGUGACCGUGGAUGAUGAGGACAGCACAAUUUUAGUAUACGACAACUGGAAACAGGAGCUGUCCACUCUGCAGUGUGAGGUGUGCAUCCUGGUGUUCUCGUUGACUGACAGGCGUAGCUUCCACCGGAUCGCUCAGCUCCGCCUACUGUUGAGGGAGACGCUGCCACACACCCCCAUCAUCCUAGUGGGCAACAAGAGUGACCUUGUGCGCUCUCGUGAGAUCAGCACAGAGGAGGCACACUCCAGCGCUAUGAUGUUUGGCUGCCUGUAUAUGGAGCUCUCCGUCUCUCUGGAUCACCGCACUAAUGACCUGUUGGAAGCGGCUGUGAGAGCGGCCCGGGGCCACAACCUGGGGCCCGGCUGGACGGAGGGGUCCCCCACAGCGGCCCGCCGAGAGAGCUUGACCAGCAGGGCCAAGCGCUUUCUGUCAGGGCUCGUUCCGCGCUCCCACCUCGGCCGAGACAGGGAGGGCGGCAGAGACAGAGACCUCAGCAGACACAGAGGAAGCAGGAUGCUCAGGCAGAAAUCACGUUCUUGUCAUGACCUCAGCGCUCUAAUGUAACCGAAAAACGGCCUAGAGAGAGAAGGUAUUAAACAAGGCUAGAGCAGAAAUUGAAGAGCUGCAUGCGAGAUUGACAGGUGAAGGAGAUAAGAGACAGUGUUGCCGCACCACUUCACAGAGGAGAUAAUUCUCUGGAGAUAUUACCUAAACUAGUAUGUGUGAAAUUAGUCGUUUAUACCAGUCUCUCAGUCAUUGAACGUGACAGUGGUGCAGCGAAACCAAGCAGUGUAUAAACUAUCCUGACAGAACAUGACCUUUGAGGUUGCGAGAGGCCUGUAAACAGACAGACCAACGUAAACAUGGCACUGGAUCUCAGUAUAAUGAGUGGAUCAUGCUGGCUGUGGCAGGCUGUUAGUGAUAGAGUAGCUCCUGUAGUAGAAGCAUGCUGACAUGGCACAGAUGCAGAACUGUAGUUAAAGUCCUGUCGUUUAAAAAAAAAAAAAAAAAAAAAAAAAAAAAAAAAAAGAGAAAAAAAGCCCACCGGCACAGUAUAGGAUACUUUAGAUAAUGCAUGGAUUUAGCAUUUUAGCUUUUCUCACUCUACCUGCACAAAAAUAGCAUAUUUUAAGGUUUAGGGGAACCAAAAAAAGUGAUUUGAGUGAAACAGUUAAUAAAAAAAUCCAUAUUGGUUAAUAGGGCUGCACGAUAUUAGGAUAUUUUGUUUUUCCGCUGUAUGAAAAAUACAGGAAUUAUCACUAGAUGACUCAAAUAGCUAUAUUUGAAAAGAGUGAAUCAUUCUAAAAUGAUUAGGAUGAUUUUGUUGAGGAGUGCAUUCGCUUUAAAAAAAGAAAAAAAAUGAAAAAUUACUUUUACCCUGAAGACAUUUUUGAGUGUACACCAUUUGAGAUAAAUUGAAAGAUUUGUGCAUACUCUUUGUAAGAACUGUAUUCCCACAGUUUUUUACCCUUUUAAUCUAAAUAUAAAAUAACAAUAAUUGUUUUUAUUGUGGUUAUUAUAAAAUGUUUAAAAAAAUAGAAUUUAAUUAAAAGUAUUUAUAUAGUAUGACUGUAAAAUUACAAUGCUAAUAUUUACAUUAUUUCUUAAUUUUAAGCUGUAUUUAACUAUACUAUAUGUAAAUAUAUUUCACAGUAUGACUGUAAAAACAGUCAAUACUAAUUUAAAAUGGUUGUGCUUCACUCUGCUUACAUGCAGUGCAUAUAUUAUUUAAUUAAAUCAAAGUCCUGGCGAUUUGAUUACACUGAUAUCAUGUCAGGGUUUAGUUGAAUUAUUUCAGUAUAUCGUGCAGCCCUAGUGGUCAAACGCUGAUAUGAAUAAAGUGAUCGUUACAGCUUUGAUAAACACUGUGUCCUAACCAGACGUAGUCUCAUGUAGCCUGGUAAGUCCAGAAGAAAAAAAAAAAAAAAAAAAACGUUUAUUUUAUCAGAUCAUACUGUAAUAAAAGACUGCUAUGUAAAAAUGAGAAAUAACAGAAAAAUAGAUACUUUAUGAUCAAAAUUUCUUGAGGAUCUUUCAUUCAUAUGAUGCCACUAACCUGGAAAACCUUCGCUGAUCCAUUGAUUAGUUCCUCCUCAAAAGCACUUUUUGUUGCUUUGUAACUUUGCUUUAUUUUUAAUAACAGUAUCAAAGUCAAUGAGAAGAUAUUUUCUUUUUUGUACACUUUUUUUUUAUGGAACCAAUGAGAUGCCAUUGAUGAGGGCUUGGCUAUUUUGCAUUACAGCAUAGCAAUGAAAACCAAGCAACUGAUAAAAUAUUGCUUCAUGCCAUCAAAUCUGGUUAGGACACAAUGUGAAGUGAACUUAUAAUACUUUCAGGCAAAAUUAUUCUUGUAAAUUGUCAGGUUUAUUGGUAAAUCUCAUCCCGUGCGGAUGUUUCCUAAUGCACUCUGUUAUUGAAGAGGCAGUGGCACCCAAGAAAUUUGCUUUAAGACUAAUCGCAAAGCAUUGUGCAACAUAUGGAGCUGAAUCUGCGCAGAACUGCGGAGGAGUGGUAAUGAUAUUCGCAAGUUCUUUUUUUUGUUGUUCUAGUAUAAACAGCCGGCCAGUUGCAGUAAUUGCGAAUUGUACCUUCAAGGGCCUUGUUUACAAGCGGAAUUAGCCCUUGCUAAAAUAGUUUGCAUGUGCGGUUUCUGUAGCGUCGUGAACGAUUUGAAAAAGUGGCAGAGAGCUGAUUUAACAUCUAAAGAAACGUUCUCCUGGUUUGUGGUUGGAAUUAACUGGCUUGUCAUAAAUUUGGAGAACAGGAAGAAAAUACUCAAACAUAAGCAAUGUUUGCGAUCAGGUACUAAUGAGUUUCUCCCUCAAACAAUUAUUAGUGAAAUGUAAUCUUUGACGCACAGUAAUGACUUCAGUCAAUCAGACCUAAAGUACAUACUCAAAUAUUCACCUAUAAUGAAGUCUUAACCCGCUGAGAGCAAAAUCACAUUCUAAUUGAUUGUUUUAAAGUGUUACGGGACAUUUUGCAAUAUAGCAGCAAAAUGUUGUUGUGCUUCUGAUAUUAAUACCGAUUUAAACUCUUAAUUAUGCGCACUCAUAAUUAAACUCUACAAAUGUGAUGGGAGUAAUACAUAGACCUGUUAUUUAAUGAGCAUAAAAUAAGAAAGCAGGCAAUAUUAGGCAAUCGGUGUUGGCAGGGAAAGCAGAAUGGCCUGUAGAGAGCCCUUUAAUAAACUCCUUGAGUCAGACAGGGAACAACUAGAGAAUAAGAGUAUACCCUCAAACUAAUUUGACACCUCACUUUAUAAUGAAAGCAAGCCAUCGUCACACUCAAUUCUAUAUGUCAAGUGAAUAAAUGACUCCUUUUCCUUUAUACGGGUCGAUUGUAAUAUAUAGUAUGUGGAAUUUAGCUGCACGCAGCUGAAUGCAAGUCUCAGAGAUUGAAAAGGCACUUUCAACCAUCGCCAUAAAACCGUGGCUUCAGGUUAAAACCGUACUUUGAAUUUCCUCUCACCUCACUUUACUGAAUGACUUGUCACCAAAAAGGAACACAGUACGAGCAAUAUUAAGAAAGGCCCACUUUGUUAUAUAGUCUUAAAGCAUGUGAUGUCUUUUUCUCAUGUCGUCUUUAUUAUGAGGCUUACCGCGAUUUCACCAAAUAGGACGUGGAUGAUUUGGUUGAUAGGAAUUUUGGUCAUUUUAACCAGUAUAUUACAGUUUAGACCCUUUCAUACAACUUGCAUCAGGGCUUCAGUGCAAGCGUUAUAAGCCGCUUUGACAUAAAAAGUGUGGCAGAAAGCAUCACUGACAGUGUACAGCGUUAGCAAGUGGAUAGAAAACAUUUGAUCUUAAUACAGAAAGUCCUGCCAGUUGCUUUGAAAACUUGUUGUACGUGGUUUCACAAAAUAUUACCGUCUUAGGUCACUCUUGGAAAAUUCAAAGUAAAUCUGUAAGUAAUUGGGGUGCCAGUGAAAAAAAAAAAAACAAAGAGAAAAAAGGUAAAAAAAAUUAACCAUUUAAAAUGCAUAUACUCAGACUUUUUAUUAACUUGCUUUGUACUUUAAAAGACUUCUAAGGAUGCAACAAACACUGAAAUUCUUGUAUCUGGAAGUCUGAUUAUCAUCAUCAAAUCUUUGAGAGGUCAGCUAACAAGGUUGAAUUUAAAAUUGUGUGAACAAUCUGAUUUAAGUGCAUUGAGCAACACUUCUGCAAAUAGUUUCGUGUCAGCCCAUCACCUUUUAAGAUUUUAGAGGUAGUUAAUGGUUAUGUUUAGAACUAUGUUUGUUUUUGUUUAACAAUAAUGUUCUGUAAAAUCGCUGUAGCCUCAUUGUGCAGGUUACCACAAAUCACAUUCAUUUGGUGAUAUGGCUGCAGCUGUAUGAGCGUUUACGGAUGAUACCAUGCGAGCAUAUUUUGAGCCAUAAGAGGAGACACAGAGACGGCCAGGUUUUGGUUCUGUAUUUUCACCUACUCACAUUUUAGACCCAUCAACACAUGAUCUCAUGAAAUCCACUGAAUAUGCCAUAGGACCAAGCAUUUCUGUGGGGGCUGGCCACACAGGCUUAUGCAACAACGAUGAAAACACAACGUUCUGGAAACGUUCCGAGGUCAAACAUGGCAGCAUCAUUGACUCGUUACUCACUAUUGAUGAAUGUCAUCCACUCUGUCUUUGAAAAUGAGAGAAUAAAGACAAUUUGUUAUGAUA